AUGAGCACAUACCAGCCCCCGUCGACGUCGUCCAAGCCCUAUGUCGAGCCAACGCCGCUCCCGGACGGCCUCCCAAAGGUCAACGAGGUCGGCGCAACUAGCGGCCCGCUCAAGUCCGCCGCCUUCUUCAUCGGCGCCUACUGCAAGGACUUCAACGAGGACUUUAUGCUGUGCAAGGCGGAAAGCCGCGAUCCCGCUCAUUGUCUCAAGGAGGGAAGGAGGGUAACUCGCUGUGCGACGGACCUUCUCGCCAAGAUGAAGGAGAACUGCGAAAGCUUCUACAAUGCUCACAUCGACUGCCUGGAGAACAACAACCACGAAUACCACUACUGCCGCGAGUUUGAGCGUCCAUUAAACAAGUGCAUGUUCGACAAACUCGGUCUUACAAAGACUAUUCCCGGCAGCCCCGCCAACCAGCCGCAGAUCCACGAGAAGGAGAAACCCAUCUUCACCCGCAUCCAGAAGUAG